CACCAUCCCUAUGCCCGUCCUUUGAAUGCCUAAUUUGCAACGAAGAUAUACUCGACAAUGGCAACAGGGUUGUUAACGUUAGGUGGAAGGUUGGUUGAAUUUCAGUUCUUUGGUCAUUUCAAGCCCAUAAGUGAUUUUAAUUUUAAACAGAAGUUUAAAAGAUAUAUCUUUUACUAGUCCGCGGCACUAGAUUACCCGCCCCAAAUAUAUUUUUCACUAGCCAGUCACUUGUCAAGUAAAGCGAUUUUCAUUGUCUGUCUGUCUUAAUAUGUUGUAAUUUGAUAUUUUCGGAAAUCGUUGCUACGCGGUCAGGUCGGAUAGAGUAUGUGAUAUUUCGGAACUGAGUCUAGUUCCUUCGCGUAGCUCAGUUGGCAGAGCAUUGGGCUGGUAUUCGAAAGGUCGUAGGUUCGAUUCCCACCGUGGCCAAGCAUGUUUUUCAAGCCUGCCUGGUGUGGAUAUACACUCAGAGUAACAUCACAGGCACACUGUCGAAAUGUUUGCAGUUUGGCAAUAAUAUAAUAAUUACAAUAUAAUCCCCCAUUUCCUUUUUAUUGUGAUUUGCAUGCAUAUCAGUAGUUUUUAUACGCCCAAUGUUCAACCUUCAAAAUUUGACAAAUGAUUAAAGAACGAUUAAAGAACGCAAAGGAAAGCUUGUGUCCCAACAGUCUAUUUAAUGGUUGAAAGUGCAAAAGUAAUAUACUUGAAUAGAAGAUCUAUCAGUUUAGACAUUUUUAUACUUUGUUACAGCUACCACCUGAGAAUACGCUCAAUGGUAUGGUGCGCCAGACUAGAUUGAAAUAUAGGGGAAAAGGGGAUAAUAUGACAAUUGUCAUAAUUUAUCGUAAUAUGACAACCGAGGGAUCUAUUGAGCUUAAAGUGAACAUGGAAUAUUUUGUGCAAGUGGCAAUUUGCACGCUGGAACAUCUUUGCAGUGGCUACAGUAAACCAAAGUUGAUAUCAAAACAUGCACCCGAGGAACAUGUGACAACUUCAGGUAAAAACAUAUGUAUAUGCAACAACAAAUCUGGAGGAAUUCAAAGAACGGGAUCGGGAAAAAUUGAAUUUUGUCGUCGGUAUACAGUAUACUGCAGACAGAAGAAAUUUUAACGUUCAUAAGAUUUUUGACAGCAAUAGAGUGAAGGACAUCACAAGAAAACUAUAAUUUUAAAGCGGGAAAUUUGAAAUUUUAGCAUACGACAGCCAUGCAUUAACAUUCUCCGUCCUAACGAAUUAAGGAAUAAGGGUGAACAGGUCUCAAUUUGAAAAAGUGAAACUGGAUAGGGUAUAAUUGUUUUCUGAUUCUCCGAGGUCAUCACUUUAGGAAUCUUUGCACAUUAGACGUGGGAACUCCCUCCUCUCCGCAGGUAAAAUUGAAAAAGACUCGCCAACAGUAUCAACAGUAUUCUACAGUAUACAUACAAAUCAAACUUAAUCCCAUUUUGUAUUUUUAUUGCUUUUUAAACAGACGUUUCCAGUUUUCAGAAAUUUAUAUACUGUAUACUCAGUUCAAAGCGUACAUGCAGCAUAUACAUAGAAUAAAUUUUAUUUCAAACUGGUUUGUUCUUUUCAUGAUUUAGGGAAUUCAAAAAUCCUGGUAAUUGGCCUCACUGUUGGAUGUCUGUGUUUAUUUAUUGUUCUCGUAUUGUUUUGUGGAGUCUUAAG